AUGCGUCUCUCAGCCGCGCUUUACUCAGCAAAUCACGCCUGGCUGGGAAGCUUGAAAUCAGCCCAAUUACAGCGUAUCGCGCGUGCCACAGGUAUCCAGUCUUCUGGAACGAAGGGUGUGCUUGUCGAGCGGAUUGCCACGGAGCUGAACUUGCAGCAUACCACUGCCGGAUGUUUACCCCCGACUUCUAGCAAGAGAAAGAGCAAGCCAGUGGGGCUAUCACCAUCAAGCACCAAUGAUGAUAUGCAAUUUAAACAACAACGACCAUGGAGCAUCCUCAGCAUCGACAUGGGAAUCCAGAAUCUCGCAUUCGCUCAUUUGCGAAUUCCCAGCUCUUCCGAAUCUGCUCCAGCUUCUCUGGACUCAGAUCAUCCUCCAACAUUAGAGUUAACGGCAUGGCAUAAACUCGCCGUUUCAGAAAUAUCAAAUCUAAACCUCAUACCCAAAACUUCAGAAAACCUAUCAACAACAUCAGAAACAACGCUCCCUAUUGCCAAAGCCCAAUCAAAAGACAGCGAGAAAGAGAAAGAAAAUUACACACCAUCUCUAUAUGCUCAAAACGCCUACAAACUAAUAACAUCUCUUUUGGAAGCGUACAACCCAACCCACAUCCUAAUUGAGCGUCAGCGUUUCCGAUCUGGUGGUGGAAGCGCAGUGCAAGAAUGGACGCUGCGCGUUGGUGUCUUUGAGGGCAUGCUGUAUGCCAUUCUCCAUGCGUUGCGGGAGGAAAGGGGUGGCAGUUUGCAAAAUGUUGUUGUCCAGGGUAUUGAACCGAGAAGGGUGGUUCGGUACUGGCUUGAAGGCGGCACCAAGAGAGAUGCCGAUGAGAAAGGAGAAGAUAGCAAGGCGAAAAAGCUCACGGCAAGAGAUAUCAAAAAGGCGAAAAUUGAUCUUGUUGCUCACUGGCUUUCGUCUGCCCGGAAACAUCAAAACGCAGCAAGUGGUGAAGGUGAAGUUGAAGUUUGUACGACGAAACCUGGCUCAUUGGCGGACACCAAGAUCGUGCUGGCAGAUUCAUCUGAGUCCCCUAUUCUGCAGAAUAUUUCCGCUGGAUACCUCCGGAAAUGGUUGGACCAGGCGACUAGGAAGUCCAAGACGACAAAAACAAAGACAAAAGACCGGACUAUCGUGACCGAGUCUCCCUGUAUCGCUUCUAUCGCACAGGGCAUGGCUCUUACACCCACAACUGCAGCUAUAGAUCCCGGAAAGCUGGACGACCUAGCGGACUGUCUCCUUCAAGGCGUGACAUGGGUUGAGUGGCAGGUCAUGCGGGAGCGGAUUGCGAAAGAGGGGAUAGAGGCAUUAAAAUCGAUACCCGAAUAA